AUGAAUGGUACGAACAUUUCUGAUGAGAGUGAAUGGGAAUGGGCUCCAUUUAUGUGGACAUGGUGGGUCAUAGUUCAACUCGUACUUUCUAUAACCGGUAUGGUCGGAAACCUUCUCGUCAUCGCCGUGAUCGUACGCCGACGUCGCCCUGUCCAGUUCACGGCCAACGUUCUUAUCGGCAGUCUUUCAGUAGCCGACUUCUUGACGUCGUUCUGGAUGAUACCACGCCCCAGUUUCAUAACGGUGCCUCCAAACUGGAAGGGCAUGCUCUACUGCCGGAUCGAGUAUUCAAAUAUUUUAAUGUGGAUAUCCGUGGUUGCUUCAGUGUUCAUACUCACCGUAAUAUCCGUAGAGCGGCUAGUUGCUGUCAAGUAUCCGUUCCGAUUCAGGUUUCUAUUCACAGUCAAACGAUCAGUCCGCCUAGUUGGAAUGUCCUGGCUCGGAUCCGCCAUUUUGAAUCUCUACAUUCUGACUAUUUCUAGCCACGACAGCAUGCACUAUACCUGUGUGACUAAAUUCCCGACACGCGGAGUGCACGUGACUGCGGGAGUCCUGCUUUUCAUGUUUGAAUACCUGAUUCCAGUCUCCAUCAUGACCGGCAGCCAUUUUGCCAUCAUCCGGGAACUUCAUGCUCUGGCGCGGAGUUUUCAGGUCAACGGACACGUGCCCCCACCCUCGCUGAAGCUCUUACAGACAAAGCAAAGAAUGACACGAACUGUUCUAAUUGUCGUCGUAACUUAUAUUGUCUGCUGGUCGCCGGAUCAAAUUUGUUUCUUUCUUUUCAACCUCGACCUUUAUCGAACCUUCUUGUACUCGGACCUUUACCGGAUAUUCGUCUGCUUAGCUUUCGUAUAUUCUUGUUCAAAUCCAAUUAUCUAUUCGGUUAGAAACAAAAAGUUUCGUACAGCGUUGUUUGAGUUUUUGUGUGUUUCUCCAUCCAAAAAAAAAAAGGCUUCUCUCGAUAAGAAUUUUUCAUCGUUGAAGCAAUUGACACUUCGCCAAAAUACUUUCGGACCAAGAUAG